AUGAACAAGCUUCUUGACUUUCAUCUAUCAUGUAAAGAUGAAUAUGCGAUGCUGCUAAAGAAAUAUAACAUAUUAUUCUAUGGAUAUGGAUGCAAACAGAACAUUCUUAAGCAGUUAUUUCCUAAUACGAAUAUAUUUAACUUUAGGUUUCAGAAAACAUCGAACAUCAUUGAGGAACUGAUGUUAGAAGGAAUCACCACACACAACAACAUAUACGAUAUUGAUAACGAACUAGCUGAAAGUGGUAAUGUGUUGACAUUGAUUAUUCUCAAUUUCAAUUUUAGCGCUUUUGAGUUUGUAAACCUGAAAAACAUCAGAAUUAUAGGCACAUUGGAAAAUAUUGAUUUUGCAAUUACUAAGCAAGACAUAGAACAGUUCAAUUUCAUUUAUAGGGAUCUAACCACAUUUGAGAACUAUGCAGAGGAAACCAUUGAUAUUGAUCUAUAUUUCAGUAAGACAACAAAUGCACUUAUGGUUCUAGAAAGUGUUUCAAAGAAAUCAAAAAUGAUAUUUUGCAAUUUACUGAAGAUUGGAGACUGCUACCUGAAUCAAUUGUUCAAUGCUGUUAAAAUAAGAUUGAUGAUUAGUAAGAAACAGAUGAUUGUUGACUUAUUGAACGAGUUUGUUGAUCAUGGAAUAGUGAAGAUAAUAGGCGGGACCAAUUUAACAAUAAACCUGAAUAAAAAGGAUAGGAUGGAAUUACUAGCAAAUGAACAGGUUAAACAAUACUUGGAAUCAAAGUAG